CAGCACCGAACAGCACCGCCCCUGCCACCGCCCCCGCCCCCGCCCGGCACCGGCUCUACCUCAGCGCCUCCCGCCGCCCCGACACCGCCGCCACCGGCCUUUGCACUGAAGCCAAGUGAAGAAUCUCACAAUUGCACUACACACCACUUAACUUUGAUUCCUCUGGCAGCAGAGCGACUCUGCCAUCAAGAAGACCUCGAGGGCUGUUUUCCCCUCCCUGCACAUCACUCCCAUCUCCGUGCCUGGAAGCUGGUGCCCAGCAGUAGCUCUAACUCACUGUCCAUCCCACUGAACCACUCCCAACCAUGUUUCAGCGUCUCACCAGCCUCUUCUUCAGUGACAGCAGCACACCAGAGGGCCUAGAGGAGCCCAGACCCUUUGUUGAGGAGGAGGAGGAGGAGGAUGGCUGGCUCGUAAUUGAUCUUGCAGGCAGCCGUGCCCGCCCCGGCCCAGCCCGGCGAGCGGGUGCGGGCGGUACCGGGCGCUCGGCGCGGCCCCGCCCGACGCCCCCCGGUCCGCCACCGGCCGCUUCCCCGGCUCCGGCCGGUCCCUGCUUGAUGGACGAGAGUUGGUUUGUCACCCCUCCCCCCUGUUUUACUGCAGAAGAGCCCGGCCCUGACGGUGUGGGGAGCAGCCCCAUGGAGGACCUGCUCAUCGAGCACCCCAGCAUGUCCGUCUAUGUCACCAGCACCCUCGAGGUGGAUGGGGAGGGCCCCGAGGACGAUGCUGCCGGGGAGGUGCCGGAGCCGCGGCUGGAGCGGCACGUGGCGCACCACGGCCGGUCCCUGGCGGUCAAGGCGGCCAUCCUGGACAAGGUGGGGCAGGCACAGCGGGUGCAGCGGGCCAAGCAGCUGGCGGAGCGGCACCGGCUGGGCCAGAAGGCGCUGCAGCGGCAGAACCGCGCCCGGCAGCGCCCGCCACGCCGCGCCAAGCAGCUCCCCGGGGCCUUCGUGCACCAGCCCUGCCAGCGCCACUGCAACUACUGACC